AUGUCCUCUUUGAUCAUUGCUGCUUACGUUAUUCAAUAUUGCUAUGAUGAUCGUGCUCAACAAUCCCACUCGCGAUACGAGGAACUAGUAGCCCUUCACAAUCAUUGGCUAGAGGGUAGGCCACUGGCUCUUUUACCUGUUCAUUCUAAGUCGCCAGACCGAAAGAAGGAUCUCAUAUUUCCACAGAUGUGA